GGGAGUGUCUGUUCAGUCUCUUCUCAGCUCUUGAGUGUGCCACACUAGAGAUCUCUCUAUUCCUAAAGCAAAAUGAAGGAGUUAAUCUUCCUGUGUCUUUAUCUGCUUGGAUCUGCCAGAGGAGCACCACCAGGUCAGCCUGAUGAGCUCCUUGACUCUGUAGACCACCAAGCUUCUGUUCAGCAACUUUCAAGUGAGUAUUUCUCACUCUCAAACCCUUCGGAUGCCGAGGCUUUAUAUGAAACUCCUUCAGGUGAGAAAGGUCUGACAGAUCAUAGUUCAAGCGAACAUGAAUCAAGUGAGCAUACUUCAGGAGAACACUCUUCAGGUGAGCAUACUUCAGGACAGUCUUCUGAACAUAUGACAGGUAAGCACAUGUCAGGCAAGCAUAUUAUAGCAGAACACAUUACAGGAGAGCACAUCACGGGCGAGCACACUUCCGUUGAGCACACUUCGGGCGAGCACACUUCGGGAGAAUCUGAACAGUCAGAAGUUUCAGAAGCGUCAACUGAUCAAGUUUCAGGUGAAAAGACUGAGGAAGCGGGCGAGGCUGCUAGCGAGACUUCAGGUGAAAAGAAUGAAGCUAUGAGUACACCAUUUCCAAGCACAUCUUCAGGUAUAGCAAUAAAUUGCCACACGUGUGCUUAUAUGAACGAUGAUGGAAAAUGUCUUCGUGGAGAAGGAGUAUGCACCACUCAAAAUUCCCAGCAGUGCAUGUUAAAGAAGAUCUUUGAAGGUGGAAAACUCCAGUUCAUGGUUCAAGGGUGUGAGAACAUGUGCCCAUCUAUGAACCUCUUCUCUCAUGGAACAAGAAUGCAAAUUAUGUGCUGUCGGAAUGAACCUCUCUGCAACAAGACCUAG